AGUGAAGUGAAUAACAGUGAUUAAGUGAUGAUGUGAAUUUAUACUUAAAGUAUAGUUUUGAACUUGGUAAAUUGUGAUAAUUAUUGACUCUUUAAUUUCGUGCUGAAAUGGACUUUAUUGACUCAGAAAAGCUAAAAAAUUUAGCGAAAAAAUUACAAGAGACGGAGAACACUAACAAGAUAAUGUGAGUCAUAUUGAGGCAAGCUAAAGACAUCAAUUUAAAAAAUUUCCAUCAUCGAUUUGCAACAAUGGUGGAUUGAUGUAAAAUAUGAGGAAGAAAAAUGUUUACAUAUUAAAUCAACAAAUGAAAAAAUAUAAUAAAAACAUGGCAGAUAAUUUGGCUACAUCAAAAACACAUCAAAUUCAAAUGUCUACAAUUAGCAUGUUAUUUAAAAAUAACAUUAAAUCCUAACGAGAUAUAUCAAGAAGUGAUUAGAAUAAGGGAAGAAAAAAGCUCUAUUUUAGUGGAUAUAAUUGAGCUUUUUUUUUAAAAAAAUAAAAUAAAAAUAGUAGAGAAAGAUUAUUGUAAUAUUGGAGUCAAUAUAAAUCAUCAUGUUCGGGACAAAAUUACGCACGUGGAUGGAGGCGCAUAUUGUGCGACCGAAAAAGAAAAAAGAUAGAAAAAAAUCGGAUAAAGGAGGUUUUGAUUCAAAUUGUAAUUCACCUGGUAGUCAUAGUGCAAAUCGAUCACCUGGACUUCAUCAGGUAUAUCCACUGGAUUCAACAGCAAAAAAUGUUGAUACAAUUAUACUCAGUGAAUCUUCAUUAAAAUAUACGAAUGGUAAUACAAACACAUCAACUGCAACAUCAGGUGGUACAGGCAGUGUCAAUUUAUCCUCUCCUGAAAGUGCAUAUAGCACUGGCUACUCAACAGACGGUACAUCACCUGGUGCUAGUUAUCCACCAGAGUAUUACAUAAACAUUAGAACUGGAACCCAUUAUUUUCAAAGUAAUAAAACAAGAACAACAACUAAUAAAAGACCAGGUCUAGCUGAUUCUGGUGUAGCAAAUGUUACAGAAAAUAAAAAACUCAAUGAUGACUCACCCAAAGUGAACGUCAAUACUAUCAUGACAAAAGAAAAACAAUUACUUCAUGAAUUACGAACAAAUAUACCAUUCAAGAAUGGAGAAAUAGUUGGAAUAAAACAAGUACAAUCAAAACAACCACAGUAUUAUAAAAAUAUUCAACCUCAUAAAAAUGAGGUUCAACAACACAACAAAAUAAUUGAUAGUUAUUCAUCAGUAAAUUUAACAAUGCGUAAUAGUUUACCAGUAAGUUUUUCAACACCACAGCCAAUAAUUUCAACGUCUAUGAUACAAUCACCAAGACAACGUUCCCGCAUACGAACAAAUCCAUGGCUAUCAGCCAAUUCUUCGAGUUCAAGUACAACUGGAGGUUGUGGAAGUGGUGAUAAUGAUGCUGGUAUUAUCAAAUCUCAUCUUAAAUAUAAUGAUAUCACUGGCAGUACAAGUGAUUUGAACCUUUACAAUCAUAUAAAUGGAAAUACUAGAAGAGAUUAUCGACAAGAUAGUCUCAGUGUUGGAAGAAGUCCUAUAAAUCAAAGUUGGCGAAUGUCACCGAGAAUUGAAGCAAGAUCCAAUCGUCCUAUGACAGUUUUAAGACGUAGCAAUAGUAGCAGCAGUAACAGUAGCAGCAGUACAAAUAACAGCAGUAGCAGUUCAUCUGUAUCAUCAAUAACCCAGAGUAUAAGAUCAUCAGAGGAUGACAUAACUCUAAAUGAAAUGAUGGGUAAAUUUGAUGAAAGUUAUGUUUAUGAAAAAGAAACAGAUAUUUUAUCUGACAGUGAUCCAACUGAUUGUGAGGAUUAUGUUAAUCAUUCACCUUCUGAUGUUGAUACUGGCCAAGAUGGUGGUGAUGAAAAUGAUCAAUUUGAAAAUGACGAUGACGACGAUGAUGAUUUUGAUUACAUUGAUAAUGGAAGUUUCAUUGAUUUAAAUAAUAUUGAUGGAGCUUUUCCAAAUACUGGACACUGUACUUAUUUUACAUUUACCAGUGAAUUAACAAGAAGAAGCACAAGAUUAAGAGAAUCUAUUCUUAAAAGAAGAUGUAAAGAUGAUAUUCAACAAAGAAUAAUAAAUACACGAAGCAAUACUAAACGUUCAAGUAUGAGAUACAAAAAACAAGAUGAUAAAAUAUCAAUUGAUAAAAAUAAAAAACGUCAAUCACAAAGAAAAAAACAAAUAAAUGAUAAAUGUAAUGAUGUAACAGCAAAUUUAAAUCGUGUAUUAGUUGAACGUAUGUUAUUAAAAAAUUCAGGUUUUAAUCAAGGUAGUCGUAGUGUUGGUGGAACACCAAUAUGUUUACGAAGAAGAAAACAAAAUGAUAUUAAUGAAAAUAUAUCAAUGAUUCAUCAAAAUUCAGAUCCACGUAAUUUUAUUAAUCCAAAUAUUAUUGAUAAUGAAAUAUUAAAACGUCGAUCAAAUUCAAUAAGUUAUGUUAAUGAUAAUUUAGUUGAAAAAAAUGGUAUUAAAAAUUCAUACAUGACAACAUUUGCAUCUGAAAUUGCAUUAAUUGAAGCUGAUAAAGAAGCUGAUCGUAAAUAUCGUGAAUUAAUUAAUGAAGCUGAAAAUAUAUUAAUUAAUAUGAAAAAUAAUACAUCAAUUGUUAUUCCAUCACCAAUAAGACGUAUACAUAAUGGUUUAGCAAAUAAACGUGUUGAAUUAAUUAAAAAUGCUGAAUUAAAUAUUGAAUUUGCAUUAUCUAAAAGUAGAAAUUCACAGCCUGAAUUACAAUGUGGUAAUAUUAAAGAUUUAGAACAUACAAGUCCAAAAAGAUUUAUUGAUAAAACAAAUCAAUAUUAUUUACAAAAUAAUCAUUUAACUGAUAAAAAUAUAAAUGGAAUAAUUUUAAAAGAUAAUGGAAAUUAUAAAAAUGAUAUUAAAUGUCCAGAUUCACCAAUAAUGUCAAGAAAAACACCUCAAGUAUCACCGAGUCGUAAUUUAUUACAAAAUAAAUUUAUGCUUGAAGAUCGUGAAAGAUCAAGAACAAGAAUUAUUCAGUCAAAUGAAUUUAGAUCAUUUAGUCAAGAAAGAAAUAUACAGGAUAAUUUUAAUGCUCAAAAUUUAAUUAUAAAAAAAGAUGUUAUAAGAAUUAAAGAUGAUAUUCCAACUUCAAGCUCAUCUGAUUCAGAUGAUCGUUAUGAUCAACGAGGCAAAAAUUCACUAAUGACAUUUAGAUCAAUUGACAUGAGACCAAUUAAAGAAAGCACGUAUUAUUGUCCACAAAGUGAACCAGUUAAACGUAAAGUUUAUGCUGGUAGUUCGACUUAUGGAAGAAUUCAAAAAACACUUGGUGAAAAACAUGUUAUAUUACGUAGUUCUGAUGGUGAUACUGCGACUGAUGAUACUGAUGAUUCAAGAAGAUCGCUGAAGGAAAAAGUUGCACAAUUACGACAAGAAAGAAUUGAAGCAAAUGCAAAUUUAAAUUUUCAAGAUAGUCAAAUUUAUCAAAAUCAUUUAACUCAAUUGCGACGUCAAAUGUUGAUGCAUACAAUUGAAGGACUUAAACGUAGUCUUGAGGAUCAAUCAGCUACGCUUAAACAGACUUGUCUAAAAGAAACUAUUAUGCAUGAUUAAAUGCCUUGAGUGCUUUUUUUCAUCUUUCAAAUUCAAUGAAUAAAUUGAAUUGGGAAGAAAAAAAAUUAAACAACAGGGAAGCAAUACGACAAAAUAAAUAAGACUCAAAAAAAAGGAAAGUAAUAUUUUUCCGCCAGAUAAUUUUUUCAUCUAACAAAAAAAACAAAAAAAAAUAACCACAUAAAUCUGCCUUUUUUUUCUCUCAAUUUUUUAACAAUUACCUAAAUAUUUUUCUGUCUAUUUUUGAAUAUAUUUAAGAAACAAAAAAGAACUUUUCUACAAAAUAUUUUUUCUUUUUUCAUUAUUAAAUUAUCACGUAAUUAAAAGGUGCAUAAAUUAGAUGAGAAAAUAUAAAUAAUAAAUAAUAAUGGGCCUGAAAAAACAAAGUAGUUUGAACGAUAAGAAAAUUAAAAUUAAUAAUCACCGUUAUAUUAGGUGUGCAUUUAGUGAAUAAUAAAUUUUUGCUAAAAAAUAUAAUAAUAAUUUGAAUACAUAUAUAUAUUGGUAGAAAAGGCAUUGCUCCAGAUAAUAUGGCCCGUUGAUAUUCUUGCAAGUUGCAUAUAAUUAAAACAAUGUGACACAUGUUGAAGAUGAAAUAAUAAUCCAGAAUGAAUGACUGGAUUUUUAUUUGUUAUCUUUGUUGAAGGGAGUGACCGAGAUUUUUCCUUACAAUAGAAAUUCAUGGAAUAGAAAAAAUUAUUAUUAUUUAUAAACAUUUGUUUUUCAUUAGUUUAUUGAACAUUGUUCUUGUUUUUUUAUCUCUAAAUUCAUUUAAACAAAUUUUAGUAUUUCUAUUAAAUUUAUUAUUUAUAGAAAAAUUAUAUAGAUACAGUUGAAAAGAAAAAAAGAAUGUAAACUUUAACAUUUUUCUAAUGGCAAAAUAGAUGUAGUAUUUUUUUCGAAAUGUUAAUUUAACAUUGAAAUUUAAAAAUUUAAUAUUUACAUUUUUUCUUCUAACUGUAUAGUCAAUUUUUUUUUGUGAUAUAAAAAAUAAUAUUAAUUAUAAAAUGAAUUUAUCUAAACUCAAUUUACGUUUUUUUAAUUAAUUUGUAUUUAAUAAAAUACAAAAAUAAUAAAUGAUAAUAGUUAAUUAUAAAAUUUAGAAUUAAAAAUAAAAUAAAUUUAUAAUUAUUUAAUAAAAAUCUCGGUUAUUAUAUUAUUAGUUAAAAAUUACUUGAAUAAUAGUUGAAAAAAAAAAGAAGAAACGAAUUCAUUAAUUUCGUUAUUUUAUUUUGAGAAUAGACUGAUAGAAUUAUAAUUAAAUUCGAAAAUAGUUAAAAAUUAAAAGAAACUAGUCGUAGAUGUUUUUAGAUUAAUUUUUAUUUUGUAGAAAAAAAAUUUUUUUAAAUAUAGCUAUUAUAAUCGUGCAUGUUGAUUAUUAAUUUAUUGUAGAAACUAAAAAUUAUGUAGGGAAAAUUUUUCGGCCGGUUGAUUGAGCUUUUAUUAUAAUAAAAAUAACAACAAUUGACAAGAUAUCCAUAUUUAUUCAGAUAAAAAGCUAUUAAAUAAAUAAAAUAUUUAAAAGUUAAUAUAAGCUAAAAUUAAAUAAACAACUUGUCAUUAUUUGACAGUAAAUUUUUUUUAAAUAUCAUUAAUAAUGAGACUAAUUUUUAUUCAAAAAAAAAAGCACAAAAACAAUUUAAGAAAACAAAAAAAAAA